CCCUGAGUGUGUGUGUCUUGAGGCUGGUAGAUACUUACACAGUAGUUUUAGAAAACCUGAAAGAGAAUGCCUGUGGGGGCUGUGCCCAGACACGCCUCAACUCUAUCCUCACAAGCCCCAUGCUGCUGAGUCCUAAGGAGAUUCAGCUAUCCCUCUGUCUGACAGGAACUUCUCAUUCCCUUCCUGUACUUUGGCCACACCAGGAGAAACAGAUUUUUUUCACUGGGUUCCUGAGUAAGGACUUUGGGCUUUCUUCGUGGUGGGGCCAGAGUCAAGGGGUGUGGUUAACAGGCUCAGCUUUCUGUGUUCAUAGAGCAGGAGGUUACCUGAAAGUUACCCUACCCAUCCACAAGGGACUGGGCUUAGGUGGGCCCUAACCUUCAAACUUGCCAGUUCUGGGGCUGACUUAAUUGGACCCUUAGGUCUUGGUCCUGGCCGCAUACCGCGCGCAGAAGGGGGACGAGCUGAGUUUGGUGCCCGGGGACGUGGUUCGGCAGGUGCGCGAGGGGCCAGCACAAGGCUGGCUGCGCGGAGAGCUGGGGGGGCAUUACGGCCUUUUCCCCGAGCACCUAGUCCAGGAGAUCCCAGAGACACUACGGGGCGCGGGAGAGAUUCAGAGACCGCGCUGCGCGCGCCGCCGAGGUCAGCCCGCCAAAUCUCGGGGCCCUCAAAGAUGGUGCAAAGUGAAUUUCAGCUACAGCCCAGAGCAGGCGGACGAGCUGAAGCUGCAAGCUGGGGAGAUUGUGGAAGUGAUAAAGGAGGCCUUGGUAACCCGGACAUGCCUUCAAUCAGCCCUGGGCCCCAGCGGACUCCCAAGCUGAGCAGCCUGAGCUAUGACAGCCCUCCAGACUACCUGAGGACAGUCUCCCGCCCUGAGAUCUACAGGGUCCUGUUUGACUACCAGCCUGAGGCCCCAGACGAGCUGGCACUGCAGAGAGGAGACGUGGUGAAAGUACUGAGGAAGACCACAGAGGAUAAGGGCUGGUGGGAAGGAGAGUGUCAAGGCAGAAGAGGCGUUUUUCCAGACAACUUUGUGCUCCCACCACCCCCAAUCAAGAAGCUUGUUCCACGGAAGGUGAUAUCUCGAGAAUCAGCUCCUUUUAAGGAACCAAAAAAAUUGAUGCCUAAAGCAUCCCUCCCUAUAGUCAAGAAGCCCGUGACUGCCCCCACUGGACUCAGCAAAGCCAAGACAUCUUCAACACCCAGUAGGGACAGUCAGAAGCUCCCCUCUCGAGACUCAGGCUCCAGUGGCAGCUUCCCCAGUGGCAAAAAAAGACCCAAAACCCAGGCUCCCCGGCAACACUCUGCAUCCAGUCAGGACGAAGAGCAGAGCAGCCUAGCAAAGGCCUCUUCUGUGAGUAGAACCCCUACUCUGGACAAAGCUGCUACCCCAGAGGGGACUCUAUCUGUAGAGAAGGCCCCCAGCCCAAAGAAGAUCCCGGCUCCUGACAAAGUCGCCAGCUCAGAGAAAUCCCUGACUCUGGAAGACAAGGCCCCCACCCCAGGAAACCACACCCCAGAGAAGAUCCUGGCUCCUGACAGAGUCCUCAGCCCAGAGAAGACCCUACUCCUGGACAAGAGACCUACUCCAGAAGUCCCACCUAAGGAUGAAGUUCCUGACCCAACGAUGGCCCCUCUAGGGGAUGAGGCUCCCUUCCUAGGAAAGGUGUUGACUCCUGAACAGGUGGUUUCUGAAGAAGAGGCAUCCACUCAAUUCCAUCACUCCUCUGCAGAAGAAACCCUGCAGAAGGUUGAGCGCCUGGUGAUCCAAGAGUCUCAAUCCCAAAAGGACCACAUGUCAGAGGAGUCUCCACUCCAGUCCAAUUCCUCAGAGAGAUGCCUCUGUCUACUGAAUGCCCCCUUAGUUAUACAGGACAGCUCCCCAUUUCAGUCUGAGCCCAGCUCCAAGCCAGGGUCAGUGCCUGUCCCUGAGAAACCUUGCCCCCCAGGGGAAGCUGCAACCUUCCCAGAGGAAGCCCCUUGGAAAGAUGAGGCUGCUCUCAAAGAGGAGGUGCCCCCUGAAGAGGCACCUCCCAAAGAGAUGCCCCCGAAAGAGAUAACCUCUGCUCCCCCAAACACACAUCUGUUUAAGCAGACUUCAGACCAAGAGAUUCCCGCCCUUCUUUCCCUGAUCUUGCAAAAUUCCACGGAAAGCAAGAAUGACGGAGUGGAUAUAAUGACGCUAAAGGGCGAGGUGGAGUCCCUAAAGAGGGCGCUGGAACUGAUGGGGGUGCAGCUGGAGAGGAAGCUGACCAACAUCAGGGAGGAGCUGAAGAAAGAGAGGGAGAAGCGCCAGUUGUUGGAGGUGGGUGAGGUGUGGAUCGGAGUGGGGGACGCUGGCGCUGGCCCUCCCCUGACACCCGCACUCUCCCAGGCUCAGGUGAUGCAGUGGACCCAGGAGGCCCCGGCCCCGGGCACCAGCCACGCUCAGACGCAGACGUACUGAGGGCGGGCCUGGGAGGGACCGCUGCUCGGCCUGGAGAGACGUCUGGUUUGGGCCGCCCAAGUCCUUGCACUCCACUUUGCGAAACGCAAGAAAGUAAAGUGUGUCCCGCAUGCGCGCCAAGCCAGUCUGUUCCGUGGGGGCGGGGGCGGCUGUUCGUCCGCAUUCCUGGCGGUCUCUCUCGGGCACAUCUGGCCAACAUGUGGCUCCCAUUACGGUUCCCAAGGCCUCCGCGCACGGCUAUUUUUAGCCACCGGAUGGUGAAGGGGGGAGGGGGUGUCUCUUUCGGACGCCAGACGCCAGCCUCGCACUGGAGAAACGGCGGGCAGGAAGGGCCGAGGCAGGGGUAGGGCUCUGCCCAACCGCCGGAUUCCGGAAUCCAGCUGUGCGCCAGGGGAGGGGCGGAGAGGGCCCUACGUCUCAGUUGGCCUCACUGUCGAGUCGCCUGAACUCACCGCGACUCAGACAUGAACCCCACCGCCCCGCCCAAGCAGGCAUGGUUACACUGGGGCUCAGCACCCCAGCCCCAACGUGUUGUGUGGUUGCAGCGUAUGCCUGUACCCUGGGCAUUGUGGGGCCAGGGCGACGUGUGCCCAGGCAUUUGUAGGUGUGGUAUGCAUGAGUGCGGAAGGAAUGUGGGGCGGGGGCUAGGGAGACGGUAGAGUGGCAGUGUGCGCUUCUUUCUGCCGUCUGUGAGGUGCACACGGGCAGGUGAGC